GCCUCUAAGAGAAAUUUGCGUAAGAAAAAACUACGCACUAUAAAAAAAGCUAAGAUUGAAAAAUCCGAUAGCUCAAUUGUCGGAGAGGCUAUCAAAAAUAACCUUACAGCCGUUGGUGAUAUUGAUCCAUGCUAG